AUGCGCCCUGGUUGGCCCUGUGCAUGCUUGGCCUUGAGCCCUAAUGACCCUCAGUCGUUGAUGAUGUUCAAGUGGCCCCCGGUAAGAAUGCAUGUCAACAUGCAGAAAGGUCAUGGACGGACGGUGGUAACCCCCCACUGCGGCUGGCAAUCGGAGCCUUGUUCUCCUAUAAAUGCUCUGACCCGCAGUCAUUGUACGGUGUCAAGCUGUACAUUAGACCCGGUCUCCACCUAUCCAGAGGAUAAAGGAUACUACUCCAAGAUCCGCGCGGCCGACGACUUCUGCCGGGCAAGACCGCGACAAUGGCCAAGGAACUCAGUCGAGAUGAGUACACAGCGACUUUUCGAUGGCUCAUCGACGAUCUCACCUUCGGCAAGAUGCCCCGCUAGCCCAGCGAGUCCUUCUCCGCGAUUGAGCGAUAAACGGUUCCCCGACUCAAUUCAAUCGGCCGUAUUCACGCGGCCGCUUGGCCGUUUUCUAGUGGACCAAGACCGGGACGAGAGAUGCUUUGGCCCGACCUCCCUCGAGUCGCUAAUGCUCAACAUCAAGGAUGAGCUCCUUCAGAGUCCCGACACCGACAGGCACACCGUGAAGGAAUGCGUGCUGCAAGCACAACGCAAGAUUGAUCAUUUGGUUGGCCAGGGAGAGGAGAUUCCAAUCGGGGGAAAGGCACCGCCCACGAUGCCUCCCUUUGCCAUUCUGGAGGCAAUGAUUGAGCCAUACUUUACAACCACUCAUGGUCAUUUUCCUAUCUGGUCCAAGAAACGGUUCACUGAAAUGGCGACAGCUUUGCGGCAAUCCGCGCCAUCCGAACGCGACCUGGCUUCGAUCGUCUGCUGCAACAACCUCAUCCUCAUGGCCAUGUCCGCGGACUCUCCAGGAUCCCACCAGCGCGAGUCAAUGAUGUCCAAGCAGACCCGCAAGACGUCAUCGAUUGACUUUGACCUCAUUACCGGCUUUUUGACCAACGCGAAGCGCGCUGUCAGCGAUAUUGACCAACUGGUGUCGCCGCACCUCGUCAAUGUGCAGGCGCUCGUAUCUCUGGUAGAUCUCCGACUGAUACCCACUGUAACCAACGGCAUUGGAUCACUGACGAACAAGAAGCAUAUAGUAGCGCAAGUGUACCUCUCCAUCGGUCUAUCCGAGACGCUGCUAGCUCUAGCAAUCCGAUGUGCAAAGUCCAUCGGCGUCCACCAGUGGCACGCCUUUCAAGGCCGACUGAGUGACGACGAUGUCAACGAAAGACAAAACCUUUCAUACUGCUUAUACAUGCUGGAUAAGGCCGUUUGCUGGACGGCUGGGUCAUCGCCCAGUAUACCAGUCUCCGAUGUCCAUUUCGACCCACGCCUGGUGCCGUCUGAAAACGGGAUCCCCUCCAGCCUCGUUGCAAAGGCCGAGAUGGCUAGGAUAGAGGAGACUGUAUACCUGGAGAUCUACGCGGUCCAUGUGCAAGCGCGGGACGAGAAUCAAGUUCGUGGAUUCGCAGCCGCGAUUAUGUCGAAACUGCAAGUCUGUCUCACCGAAACGGGAGUGGACUUGGACCAGAUCCAGACAUCUUUGGACGGCUCCGCGUCGAAUCUGCAGUUGGCAAUCCGAUAUCUGUCUGUUCAACUGCUCCUCAUCUGGCCCCACAAACACCAUCCCGAUCCCAUGUUUCAACAGGCCCCCGAGGUCGCGCGAAUGUGUUUGAAGCUGCUGUUACGCCUGUGGCAUUCCCCACCCGACCAAGGGAGCCAGGCUGUUUUCUCAUUCUUUCUCGCCUCACUUCCAUCACUCUAUCUUUACGAAGUACUGAUAUCCAUCCUCUGCGGUCGAGGGACCAAUCGGGACAUCGACAUGCUUCAAGAAUUCGUUGAGAUGCUCCAGACCAUCACCGACUGCCGCGCGGAGGCCUCAUACAAUCGACGGCUAUACCAGCUGUCCCUUAUAGUCACCGACGUGGUAAAGGCCAGGAGGACCCAGCACAAACGGCCGAAGCCGACCUCUGAAGGACCGACAGAUCCGUACUUGAUGUCCGAGCUGCUCUCGCCCGCAACCACCGGUUACAGCUACAUGAAUUCAGAAGUCCAAGAAACAUAUGACUCGCGCUUCGAUGGUGGCGUUUUCCAAGAUCCAGACGGUUCGUUUGCGCCCAUGAGUUCCAUCACCUCGACAAGCGGCGAGUUGGCGCGAGGCUCAGAUGAGUUUCUGUCGCAAUUGAGGAGCUACGGGAAGUCGGCUCCCGGGAACGAACACUUCGAUUCUCUGGCUAUGGAAGCCCUGGGCGAGUCUGUCCUCUUUUGGAAGGGCGUCAACCAAGGGGCCAGUGCGGACAGCCCGUCGGUCCGGUGCGAUCUGGGGGAAAGACUGAACUAUAUAUGA